AUGGGUUUUUGUGUGUGAAUUGUCCUAUGUUUGACUGCGCUGACCUUCACUUUUCCAUUGUGUAGUUCUUCUAUGUAGUAACAGUAGUAGGCUUUAUCAAAUCAACAUGGAGAGUAGGCAUUCUCUUAACUGAAAGCUACAAUCUUCCUGCCUAAAAUUUUCAACAUAUUCUCUUAUUUAUAGAGUGGUCUUUUGCAAAAUGAAAAGGUAAGAGAUGUACACAGCUCCGUAACACCAUGCCAACAUCGUCCCCACCACCUUCCUCAGUCAGUGAAAGCAGUGCAAAUGCUCGCAGCGUCACAGAUUCACAUUUGUACUGAAAGGUCCCCCCCGCUCAGAUUAGUUUUUUAAUGUUAAAUAGGUAGCACUUAUAGCCAACUAGCAGGACAUGAAGCCAGAACCAGACGGGUGGUUUUGCUCAUUAGUAAGAAGAUAUUCCACUCUUAACUUUUAUAUUGCAUAUCAUCUUUUUGUUAAAACUGUACGUUACGGGGAUUAUUUUGUUUUUGCAAAGCACUCAUUAAUCUCCAGCUUUGAAAAACACCUUGAAACUUGAAGUGAUCCAACAGCGUCGUACCGCCUUUCGUUACUGUUACAGCCGUAACUGCUUUUUAUAAGCAGGGCCCUCAAAGUAAGCACUGUCAGUGAUGGUGCUUACUUUUGAGAUGGACCAGACCCUCGUUGAGAAUCUCCUAAAUCAGUGGUCCGGACAUUUUUCUCUAACUUUUUAAAGCUUUUAGAAACAAAGCUUAUGUCACCCUGCUAAACCCGAGGGUGAACUCCAGAGCAAUAUGUAAACCAGACAUCUAAACACAACUUGCAGAAUUAAUUCCUGGUAGCUGUGCAAUCAAAAGAUAAUGGUUCCUUUUAUAAAUUCGACUGUGUGUGUUUUCUGGAACUCCUACAGCGGGUUAACCAUCGAAUAUAUCAGAAUGCAGCUCUGACUUGAAGACUGUGAUGUAAGGUUGACUUUGAGAAAUGCACGUAACAUAUUGCGCACAUCAGCAAGCAGAUCUGCUUGAAACCAGUGUGGUACCUUUUCAUCUGAAAAGUGCAAGUUGUUGAAAGUCAUUACUGGUUUGGUACUGUAUAAACAGAAUGCAGUAACAUUUGGCCCAACAGAAACCUUUUGUUAGGAGCUGACUUUAUGGAAGGAUAGGUUGGUGAGACAGCGAAAAGCUUUAAUGAAUUAAUAAACCUUUUGGUUUGUUUUGUUUUAAAUGAAUAUUUUUAUUAACACUUGCAUCCUCUGGAUCUGCCCCCGACAGAUGAGAACUUCACUCUCAAACACGACAGAGCCUUCCUGCUGUCGAUGGCCAAUCGUGGGAAGGACACCAACGGCUCACAGUUUUUUAUGUGAGUAACUUUUAAAUUUAAACAUUGCUUUUAAAAACUUACCCCCCAACUACCACUAUUUUACUGUCAUUCUUAAUAAAGUUUCUUAUUAGUUUUUGCUUUCUAUCCCUUUUUUGUUUCCUGUUUUGAGAUUUUAGAGUAGAAUUUGUCAUUAAGUGUGACCAUCAGCAGUCCCUUCUUCUGUGUGCAGUUAGUUUCAAAGUGCAGAGAAACAUUGGAUUCAUUCUUUUUCACCUACAAUUGUUACAUUUUUUCUCUUGCCGUUUUUGUGUAAAAUUUACAGAAACUCUAGCAUCCUGCUCUUCCAAGGUAAUGUGUCUCAAAGGCUGUGUUUCUCUCUCUCCUGACUGUAUUUAUCAUUGAGUAGUUUGUCUUUGCAAUUUUUGGACUUGCUUAAAUAUUUCACAAAUGGCUUGAGGUGACUCAAAAUGUUAUUUUGGCUUCCGUUGUCACAAAAGCAGGUUCUGAACAUACGAUUGACAUUUUCCUCCAUGAUUACAAAUUCUCGAAGGAGGAAAUGUAGAUAUGUAGUCUUUGUGCAAAUUGAUUUUUAUAACAGGAAAAAUGAUAAUGUAAUUUACCACACUCUGCUGUUGAGUGUUUUCAUAAUUGAGUUGUAAUCAGAUGUCAUUAAAGAAAGGUUUGUUGCACAAUUCCUUUUGAGAUUUUCCCUGUGGUACAGUAGCAUCCCCGCUUUGAUCGAGGUAUUUGUUUAUUCUCAUUCUUUUCUCUUUUUUCCCCACUUUCAUGGCCCGGCCUCCACCUUUGGUUGACUCCCCACCUCGCUUACUGCUGGAUUAUCCAUAAUCAGCACAACUAAGAUGGCGCCUCAUCUUGAUGGAGUCCACGUCGUCUUUGGUCUGGUCAUCUCCGGAUUUGAAGUGAUAAAGAAGAUUGAGGGGCUGAAGACUGAUUCUGCCAGCAGACCGUACGCUGACGUGAGAGUGGUCGACUGUGGUCAGCUGAUCACCAAGUCUGCAAAUGAUGUGCUAGAAGGCAAGCGGAAAAGAACUUCCCAUUCUGCUGACUCGUCCCUGAGCUCCCAUGACUCGUUCUCCCAGUUCUCCUCAUUGGAGUCUGAAAGUGAACUUGAUGAAAAGCACAGGCAUUACAAGCAAAAGAGACAUUCAAAAAGUAAACGUCCUAAAAAGAAAAGGAGACUGUCAAGGAAGGACAAAGAUGCGGAUAGUCUGCCUUCCAAGCAAAGCCCUGUGGGAAGAGAGCUACGGGAGGGAGAGAACGAGGUGGAAGAGGAGAGGGAGCUGGGUGGGAAGAGAGAGAAGCCCGUUGUUCGGCCAGAGGAAAUACCACCUGUGCCAGAAAACCGCUUCCUGCUGCGACGGGACAUGCCAUCUCAGGAAGAUAAAGCAGAAAUAGUUGAAAAAGAAGAAGCAACUCUUCCAGCUGACCUGAAACCAGCUGUGUCCAAGUCUGGACGGAAGAUCAGAGGCAGAGGAACGAUACGGUAUCACACUCCUACGAGGUCUAAAUCACGCUCUGCAUCUGUAGAGGAGCGUGGAAGCAGUGAAACUCCACCGCACUGGAAAGAAGAAGAAAUGAAGAGAACCAAAAUGUAUCAACCCCCAAGCAUCGAGCGGUGGAGCAAAGGAGACAAAUUGAAUGACCAUUCCUCAAGCAGAUGGGACAACAGAAGCGACUCUGCGUGGUCCCAGUCUGCAGAGCACUCCUCAGACCGCAGCUCGGAGAGGUCCAGCCAGCGCUGCCAACAGAAGAAGGCGAAGAAGAAAUCUAAACACAAGAAAAAGGCCAAAAAGCGGAAACAUAACAAGAAGAAGAGUUCCAAGAGCAAACAUCAAGACCAGUCAGAUGGAGAAAGGUCUGUGUCUUCAGAGAAAGGGUUCAGAAAAUCCCGUUCGCCAACUCGUUCUUCUUCGAGUCCACAUCACUCUUCAAACAGAAGGAGACGGCGAUCCUCGAGGUCAUACAGAGAUUCCCGAUCCUACUCUAAGUCAUACACAUCCAGUCGAUCCAGAUCUCGAGGAAGGUCCCUGUCUUAUUCAAGAUCUAGAAGCCGGUCUGGAUCUAGAGGGCGAUCUUUCUCUAGAUCUAGAUCUAGGUCUUGGUCCCAUUCUCACUCCAGGUCUAAAUCAAGGUACAGAUCCAGAUCGAGAUCUUUGACGCCACCCAGAAAAAGGAGUUUUUCCAGAUCUCCGAGAAAGAAAAAAACAAGCAAACCAGAUGCCAUGAUCCCUGUGAGUGAGAAGCUUCAAGAGAGCAAAGUCGCACCUGUCCCCAGACUGCCAGCUGUCCCAGCUCCCGAAAGUGUCCCUGUGAUCCCAUUGAGCGACAGUCCACCUCCCUCUCGCUGGAAACCGGGUCAGAAACCAUGGAAACCCUCCUACAUCCAUAUUCAGGAAAUUAAAGCUAAAGUAGCUCCCAGCAACAUUUCCUCCACUGGGCAAGCAGUCGAUAGCGCAGCAGAAAAAGCUCAGACUUCAGCUACGCCAAAGUCUCUGCCAGGUGACUCUGAAGACAACACAGCACAGAAACCUUCACGGCGCUCACGCAGUAGCUCAUCCAGGAGUAGAUCUUACAGCCGUUCUUACAGUCGCUCACGGAGUCGGAGUUACAGUAGGUCCAGGUCCAGGUCCACUAACCGGCACAAGAGCAGGUCAUCGUCCUACAGCAGAUCAGAGUCUGAAAAGUCCCCGAAAACAAGUAACGCAAAGAAGGAGUCACUAGACAAGGAGUGGAAGGAGUACUACAGUUCUCUGAGCAGAGUAAAGAAUUUGGAUAAGUUAAUUUCAGGAAGCCUUAGUCAAGAUGCUCACUCAGGAUCAGAGAUCAGGACAGACAGUGAGUGCAGCCCUGGUGUCAUUGGCUCUGUGGAGAAAAUAAAAGACAAGGGAAGCUCAGAGGAUCUGGAGACAAAGCAUUACAGUUCAGUGCCAGCAGAGAGUUUUAAUAGCAGGACUGAAUGGGACAGUGACAGUGAUAAGGUGAGCCAGAGCAACAGCACUAUCCCAUUGAAAAUGCAGAUGAGGGUGGCUCAGUACGCCGUGUCUCUGGAAAAGAAGUUGUCUUCUAUCUCUGGAUGGAACUCAGAAAGUGACUCUGAAAAUUUAACAGCUAGGACAUUAGCUAUUUCUGAAAAAGAGGAAGGAGAAGCUAGUUCAGAAUCGGAUUAUGAGAUUUCCAGAAAAACAUCUGAUGGAGGGAAUGCUCUGGCAGCUUCUGGUCAGUCAGAGGAAAGCCCAGAGAAAGCUGCAGAGCCAGAGAAGCGCAAGAGCAAGAAGAAAGCUAAACGUAAGCAUAAACAUAAGAGGCGAAGUGAGAAUAAAGGCGGUUCCCACCACAGUAAGGACAAGGCCAAGAAAACUAAGCGAAAGCAUCAGAAGCUGAAAGAGACUUUUCACUGGCAACCACCUUUAGAGUUUGAAGAGGAGGAAGAAGAAGACGAAUCCAAAAGGGAAAGACAUAGUCCUGGAAGAGUUGUUAAAAAAAGUCCUGAUGUUAAUAACCUCAAUGCAAAGGACCAAACUGCAAGCUGUAAUCCUACUAAAGAAGAAGAAAGGGGGCAACAGAGGACAAAAGAAGGUAUCAACAAAAAUGCAAAACACACUGAACCUCAUCUAGAGUCAUCCAACAGGAAUCGCACCAGCGAUUCUCACUGGCCAAGUGUCCAGGAGCCGGAGACAUUAGAUGACAUGGACAUUUGUACUCCAGAGCAUGAUGCUGAAAUUGUUGAACCUUCAGUCCCAUGUCAUCCUCAUAACAGCGUUCCUAAAAUAACCCUAAAAUCUACCUCAAACUCUUCUGAGAUGGAAAACAAUGACACUGCUUUAUCUCAUAGCAAAGAACAGUCUGCUGUUAGUUCCACAUCAACAGCUGGCGGAUCGCAAGACAAAGGAACCGCUGGCAAGCCUGCUGCCACUGUAAUCAAUUUAAAAUGGAGGCCACUGAAAGGAACGUCAGCUGUACAGAAUGUGAAUGCUCCCCCUGUCACUGUGAAAAAUGUCCAGGCUCAAGAGAACCAGACCGGCAACAUGCAGGGAGUGAGAAUGGAGAUAAAAAGCAAAAGCCGGGUCCGACCGGGAUCUCUGUUUGAUGAGGUCCGUAAGACCGCGCGGCUCAACCAGAGGCCGAGAAACCAGGAGAGCUCCAGUGAAGAGAGGUCCCCCUCUGUAGGAAAAGCAAAGGGAACACGCUCUCCAAAGACGUCCAGGUCCGUGUCUAGAAAGUCCCGCUCUGUUUCCAGUCACCGGUCACGCUCCCGGGGUUGGUCCCACUCCUACAGCAGGUCCAGGAGUAGAUCCCGCAGCUCCAGCUACUCCUCCAGGAGCCGUAGCAGGAGUUGGAGGAGACGUGGGAGAGGACGAUCUCGCUCUCGCAGCACCACGUACCGCAGUUACAGGAGUCACAGCCGGACAUACAGUAGAAGUCAUUCCAGAAGCCGCUCAUAUAUUCGCCGGAGAAGAUCCAGGUCAGACUCCUAUGACAGCUAUUCCAGUCGGAGUCGGAGUGUGAGCAGGAGACGAGGGCGCAGGCGAAGUGACAGCUACAGGAGCUCAGACCGCCGAUCGCGGUCGUAUGGCUCGUCCAGUCGCAGUUCUUCUAGGCGGAGGAGCCACAGUCGCAGCAGUCGGUACAGCUGAGCUGCGCCUUAAGGCAUCCUGCUGGUUUACACCUAAAGACAAGGAUCAGAACCACAAAGUCUGGACACUGUCAUAUACUCAAAGAUCAGCUCCUAAAGCUCUAAGAGGAAGAAUUAAAUCCAGUCUUAUGGUCAGUUUAACAUGGUUGUGUAUUUCCACCUGGCACAAGCUGGCAUUAUAAUUACUGAGGAAAUGAAUGUACAUUUAUAAACCACUUUACAAGCUGAUACAAAGGCCUCCUUUUUGGGGCUGUCACAACAAGUGGCUGAAAAUCUGCCAACACAGUCCCUCAAACAGAAAGUUUGAAAGUGAAAUAUACGCUAUACUUACUACUAAUAACAUGACAAAUAUACUGUAAAUAAUUAAAUAAUUUUAUAUUCAUGGAUUGUGUUUUCUACUUCUUUUAUACACUGAAGUUGUUACAAUAUAAGAGUCUAAUCGUCUCAGUCUUGAUGUGUUUGUUGAGGUUUUGCCUUAAGCUUUGAAAGUUUUCCUGAAGUCAUCACUGAAUGGAAUAAUUUGUUUUUAUAACUUUUUUUCAGUGCUUUUAUUUUAUUGUAUCAUGAAUGUUCAAACUAAACUCAAAGUAUGGUACCACAGAUGUAGGUUUAUUCAGUUCUAAAUGUUUACAUUUAAUAAAUACCAACACAUCUUCAACUCUA